ACGGUCUCGGGCGAAAUACAUUGGAAAUUCUUUAAGUCCGACUCUCCGGUCAAGUUUCUCGGAGUGCGGAUAGACGCUGUUCCGGUCGUCGCUGCGACAGAACUCGUGAAUUUAACCCAUUACUAUCUCAAAUCGGAUGAUACCCGUGACAGGUCGCGAAGGGGAUGCAGAGCGACAAUGGAGUGGUUACGGUCGCUUCAAAGCAACCUACGCCGGUAGCUCGAGGGAACGAUGCCGCGACGCAGAAGGCUGACUUCGUGCGCCUGUUCACUGGGGAAGGGAACAGUACAGAGGGGGGACUGAUCGCGCAGUUGGCGAAUAACCCUCUUUUCACUGCUGGUUUUGGUCUGGCUGGUCUUGGUGCCCUCGCGACAUUCGGUCAACGAGGUCUGCGCAAUGGAGCAGCCCUCUUGCGCCGCCGCCUUCUUGUCGAUGUCGAGAUCAACGUUCGGGACGAUUCCUACCCCUGGUUCCUGUAUUGGAUGACAUUACAUGAAAGGGGAAGAGUGGCCAGCACUGCAGCGCAAGCGAAUCAAGGUGUUUUCGAGUCGUUGCUGCAACGACUUACACCGCGCAUGCGACAUUUGGCCAUCGAGACGGAAAAGCGCGAGCUACCUAACGGUGCCAUCCAUACAAACUUCGCUCUAAUUCCUGGUCCUGGAAGGCACGUCCUGCGCUACCGAAAGGCAUGGAUUUGGGUCAAUAGGCAGAGAGAAGCCAAACAAUUUUCAAUGGACGGAAAACCGUGGGAGACAGUGACCUUGACCACACUGUACUCUCAACGGCAUGUGUUCGAGUCCUUGUUCAAGGAAGCGCACGAGAUGGCUACGCAAGCUGUGGAAGGCAAGACGGUCAUAUACACUGCAUGGGGUACGAAGUGGGAUAAAUUUGGUCACCCUCGAAGCAAACGGCCCUUGGAAUCGGUGAUUCUGGACGAAGGGGUCAAAGAACGAAUUGUCGACGACGUGCAAGACUUCCUUGGUUCUUCGAAGUGGUACUAUGAGCGGGGCAUCCCAUAUCGACGCGGCUACCUUCUCUAUGGACCUCCAGGGACUGGAAAGUCGUCGUUCAUCCAGGCAUUGGCGGGUCAUUUGAAUUAUGAUAUUGCUAUGCUGAAUCUCAGCGAACGUGGCCUCACAGAUGAUAGACUGAACCAUCUACUGACUGUGAUUCCGCAACGCACGUUGGUCCUGCUGGAGGAUGUAGAUGCGGCGUUUGCGAACCGCCGCCAAGUCGAAAGCGAUGGGUACCAAGGCGCCAAUGUCACCUUCUCGGGGUUGUUGAACGCCUUAGAUGGUGUUGGAAGCGCAGAGGAACGCGUUAUCUUUCUCACAACAAACCACGUGGAUCGACUGGACGAGGCAUUGGUCCGACCGGGACGAGUCGACAUGACUGUUCGUCUUGGUGAAGCCACGACAUACCAGAUUGAACAACUCUGGCAGCGCUUCUACAAUGAGGCAGAUCCGGAUGGGGAUGUCAGGGAGAAAUUCUUCAACAAACUUCAGGAGAUUGACGUCUUGCCCGGACCGGAGGCAAAGGUCAGCCGUACCAGUAUGGCUGCUUUGCAAGGACUGUUUCUGUACAAUAAGGGAAAUCCCGAGGGAGCCGUCGAUAUGGCGUGGCAGCUUGCGCCGGGUGAACUGCCGAGCUCUUUAACGCUGACGCGGGCAAAGGCCACGCUGUGAAGUUGGGGAGCAUUUUGUAUCAUCUUUGUAGCUUACAGCGGCUUUCAUUCUUCAGCUAUUGACGACUGUUGGAGAAAUCAGGAAGUGACUGCCAACCUGAAUCCUCAUCGUUUGGGGCCCUGCUAAAAGUUAUCGAAGCCUGUAGAUUUCAACUCCUCGUCCAGAUGAGACUUCAAGUGGGAAUCCUGAUCAUAUGUGAAUUCUGUACCUAUGGAGGAAUUCUGUAUUCUGUAUUCUGUAGUGACGGUAGUCUGGGCGACAAUUCUGUAUCCGAGAGAUCCGCAUCCUGUAUAUCACUCCAUUGUCUGCCCAAAAUUCGAAGCCUAGGGAGCCUCUAACAAUUUAGGUGCGCGGAUCGGCCGCUGAUCUGCCUGAGAA